AUGACUCUUAAUUGGGAUUUCAUGGCGAUUUCUAGUUCCUCAAAGCAUGCUGUAGUUAUCUUUGUCGCUGUAAUACUGUUGAGCAAUAGAGCAAACUGUGAUGAUUCUCUACAUGCCAACAAGGGGAACACCUGCCUAGAGAGUGAAAGGAGAGCUUUGAUUGCCAUCAAGAGCGAUAUGUAUGAUCCUGGCGAGUGGUUAUCUUCAUGGACAGGCUAUGAUUGCUGCAAGUGGAGAGGAGUUGCUUGCGACAAUGGUACUGGUUAUGUCACUAGGCUUGACCUUCACUAUUCCGAUGAAUAUAAUCCAAGGGGGGAGAGUAUCGGUGCGAGUAAGGUAAAUCCUUCUCUACUCGAACUGAAGCAUUUGAAAUACUUGGAUUUGAGCUUCAAUAACUUCGCAUAUGCGCAUGUGCCCCACAUGAUUGCUCCACCAAAUUAA